AUGCUCAAUAAGCCCUACAAGUGGGGGUUCAGCACGGAUGUCGACACGGAGACGAUUCCCGCUGGAUUGAACGAAGAAGUCGUGCGCAUGAUCUCUGCGAAAAAAGAAGAGCCCGAGUGGAUGCUCGACUUUCGAUUGAAGGCGUUCCGUAAGUGGUUGACGAUGGAGGAGCCGGAUUGGAGCGACAAUCGCUAUCCGCAAAUCGACUACCAGGCGUCGUCGUAUUACAGCGCGCCAAAGUCGAUGGAGAAGAAGAAGAGCUUAGAUGAGGUCGAUCCGGAGUUAUUGGCCACGUUCGACAAGCUCGGAAUUCCACUGAACGAACAAAAGCGAUUGACGAACGUCGCCGUGGACGCGGUGUUUGACUCCGUGUCCAUCGGGACGACGUUCAAGGAAGAUUUGCUCAAGGCUGGGGUGAUCUUUUGCUCCAUCUCAGAGGCGGUGCACGAGUACCCGGAAUUAGUCAAGCAAUAUCUCGGAUCGGUAGUGCCGGUGGCGGACAACUAUUUCACCGCCCUGAACAGCGCGGUGUUUAGCGACGGCUCCUUUGUGUACAUUCCCAAGGGCGUCGUAUCGCCGAUGGAACUGUCGACGUACUUCCGCAUCAACGCCGAAUCUUCGGGUCAAUUCGAGCGCACGCUCAUCGUUGCUGAAGACGACUCUUAUGUGAGCUAUUUGGAAGGCUGCACGGCCCCGGCGUAUGACGAGAACCAGUUGCACGCCGCCGUCGUCGAGAUUAGCGCGGGGAAAAACGCUGAAGUGAAGUAUUCGACGGUCCAGAACUGGUACGCGGGUGAUGAGGACGGAAAGGGUGGCAUUUACAACUUUGUCACGAAGCGUGGCUUGUGCAAGGGGGACAACUCGAAGAUUUCGUGGACUCAAGUCGAAACUGGCUCGUCCAUCACGUGGAAGUACCCGUCCGUCGUGCUCGCGGGAGACAACUCGAUUGGUGAGUUCUACUCAGUCGCUUUGACGAACAACGCACAGCAAGCGGACACUGGGACUAAGAUGAUUCACAUCGGUAAAAACACGCGGAGUCGCAUCGUGAGCAAGGGAAUUAGCGCCGGUAAGAGUAAAAACGUAUACAGAGGUUUGGUGCAAGUGGGUCCAAACGCCUCCGGCGCGCGCAACUACUCUCAAUGCGAUUCGAUGCUCAUCGGCGAUAAGGCCGGUGCGAACACGUAUCCAUACAUCCAAGUCAAAGAACCGAGCUCUCGCGUCGAGCACGAAGCGAGUACAUCCAAGAUUGGUGAGGAUCAAUUGUUCUACUUCCAGCAACGUGGCAUCUCUCCGGAGGAAGCCGUCGGCGUCAUCAUCUCUGGCUUUUGCCGAGAAGUCUUCAACGAACUACCUUUAGAAUUCGCGGCCGAAGUCAACCAGCUCAUGAGUCUCAAACUCGAGGGAUCGGUGGGCUAA